AUGGCACAUUCGACUGAAGAAAUCGAGGCUGGACUCGAGACUCUCGCGCUAGAACCGCUCCAUGUUUUCGACAUCCAUACCGAGAGUAACUUGAACCCACCCCUGGACAAGCUGCCUAGACUUGGUGACGAGGCUAAGAAGGAAUUAGAGAGUAAGGGCGAGAAUGCUGAAGAUGUCUUGAAAAGACCAUCGAUUAAAGCGACAAAGACUGAUCCUUCGUAUCCUUUUACUGACUACUUUAUCUCAUCGUCCCACAACACCUAUCUACUGACCGCCCAAGUUUUGGGCAAGUGCUCGGCCGAAGCAUACGUUCAUGUUCUCAGUCGAGGCUGUCGCUGCGUCGAAAUUGACGUCUGGCCUUCCUCAUCUGGUCCAAUCGUUACCCACGGCUACACACUCUCCGGAAGCGUCCCCUUCGCCGACGUAUGCAACGCCAUUGGUUCAUGGAUCGACCAGACCUAUGGUUCUUUCGCGCCCAAAGGCGGCUUGUUCUCAAAGAACUACCAACCCGCGUACCUCCCGCCCAGCAACCAGACCUUCAUCCCGCCCCAAGGCAAGGCACCGGAUGACUUCCCUGUGUUUAUCUCCCUGGAAUGCCAUGUCCCGCCUUCAGGCCAGGGAGAACUCGUCAAGGCGAUGAGGGAUGCUUGGGGAGCCAGGUUGGUGGAGGGACCCCUCGAGGGUGUUGACGACGAUAAGGUUUCGCCAAGCGACCUAAGAGGCAGGGUGCUGGUGAUGGUGGAGUACUAUCCACCCCUUUUCGAGUCUGGUCCGUCCGAUGACAGCGACGACGACGAAGAUAACGACAAAGGGAGAAAACCCAAGAAAACCAAGAGGUCUUGGUGGAAGUGGGGUGCCAAGGCCGAAGAGUCGUCUGGUGAAGAUGAAGAUGACUUCCUUACGAGUGAAGAUGAGGAGGCCCGGUCCUUGGAUGGUGGGGGAGAGAAGGGAGUUUGGCCUGGAAGGCGACGACAGCCGACAACCGACGACGGCGAGCCACCCAAAUGCGACAAGAUUUCGGACGAGUUGGCUGCUUUAGGAUAUUAUGCUCGCAGCUUGAAGCCAGGCAAGGGUUGGCUAGGGGAGCAUCCUGCCCAUGUCCUCAUCAAUAUCUCAGAAUCCGCAUCCUCUCGUCUCCUUUCGGCGGUCUCUGCGCACCGGUCAUCGCACGACCACGCACCAGGCGACCACCCAUCACACGUCCACAAGCACUCACGUCUUCUUCAUCUCCCGUCGCCACUUGCUGCACUCGUCCUCCACGCGUCACACCAUCUCCGCCGAAUCUAUCCCAAGGGAACUCGCGUCCGGUCAACUAACCCUGACCCUUCACAAUUUUGGAGAACUGGUUCCCAGGUGGUGUCACUGAACUGGCAGAAGUAUGAUCGGGGGAUGCAGGUGAAUGAGGGUCUGUUCGUGGGUACGCCUGGGUGGGUUCUCAAACCGGCCAGCCUUCGGCGCCAACCUGAAGGCUAUGCACCACCGAUCGCUGGUAAGAUGAAGCUGAAAGGAGAGAUUAUUGGUGCCAGUGCGCUCCCCGCACCCAAUGGACGAGAGGGCAAGUCGUACAACACGUACAUCAAAGGUGAACUGUACUAUCAUCGGGACAGGACCUCCCUCCUGGAGAAGCUUUUGCCCGACGACAGCGUAGAAGCUGAAGGCCUUCGCUCGAAGAAGUGUUUGGAGUCGGUCAGGCUGAAGUGGAAGUCAAAAUCCGAAAAGGUGAAGGAUGUACCAGGAUUAGGCGCGGACGUCGUAUGGAACGAGACCUUUGAAUUGGAAUAUGAAUUGGACGAGCUUGCAUUUAUCAGGUUGCUAAUUUAUGAGGACGAAUUUGGCAGGGACGAUCGCAUCGCUUCGUUCUGUGCUCCAGUGGACCGGUUGGUCACCGACAGAUGGGUCGCAAUCAGGAUGCUGAACACGAAAGGCAAAGACGUUGGUGCCACCGUGCUCGCUAGGUUCUCUUUGGAGCGGGUCGAUUGA